UACAUUGGUAUCUUCAAUUUACCAUUAUUCCCAAAAAUGAAUUUAAAACAACCAAUUAGUUGCUUAUCAUCUUCCUCUCCUAUCCAUUGCCUCGUUUAUGCUCUUGUGAUAUUUCUAACUUCCACCACCAUCUCUGCUUCCUAUGGUGGCGGGAAUGAUAUGGAUCAACAGGCUUUGCUGAAGAUCAAGUCAAUGAUCACCAAAGACCCCUAUGGAGCUCUGACCUCAUGGAACAAUUCUCGUCAUUUUUGUGACUGGAGAGGUGUUACAUGUGGGAAGCGCCAUAGACGAGUGGUUUAUUUACAACUAAUCUCUCAAGGUCUAGAAGGCUCUUUGUCUCCUCAUGUAGGAAACCUCAGUUUCCUCCAUGGGGUUUCUCUCUUUAACAACAGCUUUCGAGGAGCCCUCCCUCAUGAACUUGGUCGUCUAUGGAGGCUACGUUUCCUCUCUCUUGAACUUAACAAGUUCAGUGGGGUUAUUCCCUCCAACAUAUCUGGUUGUUCUAACCUUGAAGGGAUUAAUCUUUCUAGUAAUGAGCUAGUUGGAAGCAUACCUAAGGAGAUAAGUUUCCUCUCCAAACUUACUAUUGUGUCACUUCAUGAUAAUAAGUUAACAGGCGGAAUCCCACGUUUCUUGGGGAAUAUUACAUCUAUAGAAGAGUUCUCUGCUGCAGGAAAUAUGUUUUGUGGGAGCAUUCCAGACACCUUAGGCCAUUGGAAAAGUUUAAGGGUAUUUCUCUUGGGUGAUUGUAAUUUGAAUGGAUCCAUCCCUCAUUCCCUUUAUAAUAACUCACUCCUAGCUAGAUUUAGCUUGGCACAAAAUCAAUUGACGGGUAGUCUUCAUCCAGCCAUAGGUGCAAUGCUCCCAAAUCUUGUUGGCAUUCAAUUACGGGGUAACCAUUUAACCGGACCUCUUCCUGUUGAUUAUAUCAUAAGAUCAUGGGUAAAACAUAAACCCUAAUGAUGUAGAUUCAAUCAUAAACAAUAAAAUAAGAGGUGUGUACCUGAUUAGCAGUCACCACACCAGAGAGGGAAGUAGACGUCAUGUUCGUCAGAUUGGUCUGGUUCCCCUUUAGGAUGUAUCUUCUUGAUGGUAGUACCGAGUUCUUUAGGGUUGAAGAACUCGUAGUAAUGGAGAGAGAGGAGGGCGAUUUUAGUGUGAUGUUAUGAGGGUCUAACCCUAAUCCCUCUCUAGUAAUCUCCUUAUAUACACCCAAGGGGAAACCCAAUUAGUUAAUUAGGGUAA